AUGGGGGAGCUGGAAUCCGCCCGCGCAGUGUUCGACGAAACUCCCGAACCAGACCUUCGCUCCUGGACUCUCCUUAUCUCCGCCUACACCAAGCGGGGGUCCCCAGCGGAGGGCGUCGAGCUCUACGGCCGGCUCCUACGACAAGACAAGCUGAGACCUGAUGGCCUUUCCCUCAUCGCGGCGGCAAAGGCCUGCGGCGCAGCCUCGGACCUCGCCAUGGCCAGAAGGGUUCACAGGGACGCAGUCCGAUUCGGCCUCCACUGUGACCUCCCCCUUGGGAACGCCUUGAUCGACAUGUAUGGCAGGUGCAGGUCGCCGGAGGGGGCGAGGCGCGUCUUUGACGCCAUGCCCCAUCUCGACGUGAUCUCCUGGACCUCGAUCAUCGCCGCAUUUGUGGAAUCCCCAGGCGAAGCGUUGGAGCUUCUUCGAGCGAUGGGCGCUACUGGAACGAAGGCUAAUGCCGUCACCCUCUCCAAGGUCCUCUCCAUCUGCUCGGAGCUGAGGAGGCUGACUCCGGGGAGGGAGCUCCAUAGCGUCGCCGUGAGAAACGGGCUCGACGGCAACAGCUUCGUCGCCGCCGGGCUCAUAGAUAUGUACGCGAAAUGUUCAGCCAUUCGGCAUGCACGAACGGUGUUCGAGAAUAUACCCCAGAGAGACGCCGUCUCCUGGAACGUGAUGCUGGCUGCCUAUUUCUUGAACGGGCAGCCCGAGGAUGCCUCCGAGCUCUUUCAGAGGAUGGACGAAGAAGACGGUGUCGCGCCGACCUUGGCUUCCUGGAACUCCAUGAUAGCGGGUUGUACAGAGGUUGGGAAACCCGGUCAGGCCCUCAGACUUCUCGCUCAGAUGCAGGACCGGGGGUUCAAGCCCAACAGGAUCACCAUCGCCAGCAUCCUCCGCGCCUGCGCUGCCAUGGAGAACCUGCGGGGGGGCAGGGAGAUCCACGCCCAUGGCCUCCGGCGGCGGCUCACGGAGGAGGUCGUCAUCUCGACGGCCCUGGUUCUGGUGUACACCAGGUGCGGGGAGCUCGAGCUCUCCAGGAGAAUCUUCUCUGCGAUUCCUCGGAAGGACACCGUGGCUUGGAACACGAUGAUCAUGGCGAACUCCACGCACGGCCAUGGCGAGGAAGCUCUGGCGCUGUUUCGGGAGAUGGUGGGCUCGGGAUUGAGACCCAACUCUGUGACCUUCGUGGCGGCUCUGUCUGGUUGCAGCCACUCCAACCUGGUCGAGGAAGGGAGGAAGGUCUUCGAUUCCAUGCUCUACGACCAUGGGGUCGUCCCCGACGCAGAUCACCAUUCUUGCAUGGUCGACAUCCUCAGCCGCGCGGGGCUCCUCCACGAGGCGCAUGAAUUCAUCCAGAAGAUGUCAUUGAAGCCCACCGCCGGCGCCUGGGGAGCUCUGCUCGCCGGGUGCAGGGUGUACAAAAACGUGGAGCUGGGCAAGACCGCCGCUCGUCGUCUAUUCGAGAUCGAGCCCGACAAUCCUGGGAAUUACGUGCUGCUGUCGAAUAUCUUCGGGGCCGCCAAGCUGUGGGACGAUGCUUCAGAGAUCCGGAAGAUCAUGAGGGACAGAGGCAUGACGAAGGAGCCAGGCUGCAGCUGGAUUCAGAUAAAGAAUCGAGUCUUCACCUUCGUCAAGGGGGACAAGAGGAACCCCCGCAGCGAGGAGAUCUACGGCUUCCUUGGAGAGGUCGGGGAGAGGAUGCGGCUCGAGGGUUUUAUCCCCGACACCGGCUUCGCCCUGCAGGACGUGGACGAGGAGGAGAAGGAGGAGCUCCUGUGCGGCCACAGCGAGAAGCUCGCGGUUGCCUUCGGGAUCCUCAACCUGAGGGGCGAAUCCUCGAUCCGGGUGUUCAAGAACCUGAGGAUCUGCGGGGACUGCCACAGCGCCAUCAAGUUCAUGGCGAAGCUCACCGGGGUGCGGAUCGUCGUCAGGGACUCCGCGCGGUUUCACCAUUUCCUAGAAGGAGCCUGCUCCUGCCGCGACUUCUGGUGA